AUGUUUGACGAGGGCUGGAAGCUGAACCGCACCAACUACUACCAGGAGGGCUGGCUGGCGACGGGCAACGUGCGCGGCAUUGUGGGGGUGACGUUCACCACCUCCCACUGCAAGAAGGCCGGCGACUUCCCGCUACGCACCAACUACAACCUGCGCGGACACCGCUCCGAGGUUAUCCUGGUCAAGUGGAAUGAACCGUAUCAGAAGCUAGCAUCAUGUGACAGCUCAGGGAUUAUUUUUGUAUGGAUCAAGUACGAAGGCAGGUGGAGCAUCGAACUCAUCAAUGACCGCAACACGCCUGUCACCCACUUUUCUUGGUCGCAUGAUGGACGAAUGGCGCUUAUUUGUUACCAGGAUGGUUUUGUUUUGGUUGGAUCCGUGGCUGGCCAAAGGUACUGGUCGUCAAUGCUCAAUUUGGAAUCCACUAUCACGUGUGGUAUAUGGACUCCUGACGAUCAGCAGGUUUAUUUUGGCACCACAGCUGGCCAGAUCAUUGUCAUGGAUGUCCACGGGGCAAUGGUCUCCCAGGUGCAAAUCGGUUCUGAGGUUGGCAUCACAAGCAUGGCGUGGUCCUGUGAAAAGUUCAAAAUGGAAGAAGGCGACGAUGCAGAUCUUAACGGUACGCAGCCAGAAGAACGUACCUUCGUGCUAGCAGUGAGUCUGCAAAACGGAUUUGUGUUCCUGAUGAAGAGCUUCGAUGAUGUUUCGCCAGUUCAGGUGCACACCGGUCUCUCUGGACCGUUGUGCAUUGAGUGGAGCAACUCCAGAGAGCUUCUUGCAGUGGCAGGCAGCUACCAGCAGCCUGGAUCCGCUGACUACACCAACGUCCUCAGGUUCUAUUCCGACGCUGGAGUCCUCAUCUAUUCGACAUCCAUACCCUACACUCAGUCGCCGGUGACGGCGCUGACGUGGGGCCACAACGACAAGCGGCUGUUCGUGGCGACGGGCUGCCAGGUGCACAUCGCGUGGGUGUCGCGGCGCGUCGCGUCGCUGCAGCUGAUGUGCCGGCUGCGCGUGCACGGCCAGCUGCGGGCCGAGCACCAGGUGGCGGCGCUGCCGCUGCCCGCGCGCAUCAAGGCGCUCAUCUCCAACCUCUUUGCUCAAACCAUAAGAUGCUGUGUUCCUGAGACGUCUGCCCUGAGGGAGUUCGUGUCGCGCCCGCCUGCAGGCAGCGUCAGGCUCCACUGCACCAUGAUCAGGCACGACGACGACUCCAACCUGAGCUCCGGCACGUGCUACACGCUGUACCUGGAGUACCUCGGGGGCCUCGUCCCGCUGCUCAAAGGGAAGCGGACCAGCAAGAUCCGGCCGGAAUUCGUCAUUUUCGAUCCUCAGGUCGACGAAUCGAGCCUGGGAGGCGACUCGAACCACGACUCUGGCAAGAGCAGCGGCUCCUCCCAGAACGCGGCCAGCGACACUUCGGACACGGAGCGCGAGGAGGGCUGCGGCAGCCCGCGCGUCCAGAGGCGCAAGCGGCGCCGCAACAAGUCGCACGGCGGGGGCGGCGGCGGGGGCGGCGGAGGCGGCGGUGAGAAGGCCAGCAGCGCCGCUGCGGGGGCCGCCGCCGACGCCGAGCAGGAAGACCUCACCUACGUCGACACCCUGCCCGAGCACAUCAAACUGGUGGAAGUGACAUCAAACAUCUGGGGCACGAAGUUUAAAAUCCACGGCUUAGCUCCGUCAGUACCAGCAAACUUGGGCCAGGUCACUUACAAGACUUCGCUCCUCCACCUGCAGCCCCGCCAGAUGACCCUGGUGAUCACCGAACUCCGAGACGACUUCCCACCCGGCCCCGAUCCCAACUUCAAUCCGAACCUAUUCUCCGAGGACGAAGAGGAGGCGUACUACCACGAGGAGAGCUCCAGAAUGCCGGCCGGUUACCAGAGCGACAUCGCUCCGCCCAUUGCACCCAUGACGCCGAGAAGCCAUCACACGCCGUCCACCAGCGGUCGUUUCGUACAGAGUCGAUCGAGGAUGCACCAGGCACUGCACAGCUCGAAAGCUCACAGCCACCAGAAUAGUAUAACUAUAUCUAGCAACGCGACCGCCGCUCUAGCGAGAGCAGAGUCCUAUGAGGACGAAUUCUCGUACAGUGAAGCGGCGGAAGCCACGAGCUCUUGUGAAAGUCUCAAAAAUAGUUCUGUUCCUGCUUCCGUUUCGUCUGCAGCGAAAAAUUGUACAGACAGUUAUCCGUGUCAGCAGAUGAUAUCCGUGCCUAAUGGGAAUGGUUACAAUGGAAAUGGGUCUUACAAUAACGGCUUAGGGUCGGGCAGUAGUAACGGCUAUAGUAGUGGUGCUGUUGCACAGAUAACGCGAUCUAACAUCGGAAUGGCCUCCCAAGGUGGACAGUCCCGACACGUCAUUUCGCCUCUAGUUUGUGAAGGAGCAGUUCCUGCUCUGCAGUCGCCUAAAAACACGGUAGCUCCGAGCGAUGUUUUAAUUGACCGGACGUCCUCGACACAUACUAUGGUAGCCUCCUCGCCGUCCGAUUUUUCCGGUAACAUACAAAGAGUGAAAACCACAAUCGAGCAUAACCAAAACAGGGGCAAUGCGGUAACGAAUCUCAGUUUAACGCCGGGAGGGGCAGAGCAAAGCUGCGUCGAAAUGAAACCAGUUGUGGUGAAGAGACUGGAUACUGAGGGGAGCGGUAAACCCCACCAGUCUAAUAAUGGCAGCUAUAGCGAGACAGCGAUCACAUUAGAGGGAAGUUUCACUACGACAAGUGGCCCGUCCUACUGCACGUCACCACACAAAGGGACGAGUAGUAGCAGUGCAGGCAAGAGAAAGGAGAAGAGUGGCGCGACGAAAUCGAGUCCUAGUGGGAACCAGAUAGGUAUUGCGGGCAACAAGUGGUGCGUUACGAAACCGGAAGAACUGCUCUUCAUCGACGAAGACGGAUCGGGCGAGCCGGUCGCUCCGGAAAGGGGAGUCAGACGUAUCCCGACUUCGGUAUCGAUAGCUCCCUGCACAGCCGCUUGUGUAGCCGACUCCAUGGUGCGCAGCUGCAGCGUCGGCUACCUCGACAUGGUCGACGUCAACAUAGUCCCAUGCGACGUAGCCCUGUCCAUGCUGAGGAAGGACACGCCGAAGCGCCUAGUCCUGGUGAACAGGAAGAAACAGCGGAAACACAAAAGCAAGCAGCACCAGAGUCGCGAGGGAGGUGACAAGGCGAAGGACAGUUGCGCGGGGCUGCCCAAGCUGAAGCACUGCGGCAAGAGCAAGAGCCUCGACUCUAGCGAUCUGUUUCCGACCAGCGAUACGUCCGAGAGCAGUUCCACUGCGGAUCCUCCGUCCACGAAGAGAUCGACCGACAGUGCCAGGAAGGAAACCGGCUCGGCGAGUGCGAGCGGCGAGGUGAGUCGCGAGUCUUCGUCGGCGUCGUCGCCGCCGCCGGCAGCCCAGCCGCCGCGAGAGUCUCCGCCAGUCGGCGAGCGCCGCGCUGAGGUCAGAGCCAGUGGCGCGCAGGCAGUGCUGGCGUCAGCUCCGCUGUCGCCAGCGGCGAGUCCGCCCAGCGCGCCACGGAGGCAGCAGCAGCACGCGCUGGCGGCGCUCGAGAGCCUGGCGUCGCGCAUCCGCGAGCUGGACGAGACGCACUCGCUGCCGCCGCCGUCGCCCUGCGCCUCCCCGCGGCUGCCACGCAGCAGCCCCGCCAGCCCGGCGCCCAGCAAGAAGGCCGCCAAGCGCAACCAGUCCUCGUCUCCCAUCAGGAAGCAUUUGCUCAAUUCACCACUUUUGUCAAGGCGACAACGCAAGAACAAAAGUAUAGAAAGUUCUGACGAUGAAAUUGUCCACUCAGGAGAUGAAAUAUUUAAUGGAAGAAAUUAUAGGGAUCUAGAAAGUUUCCAAAAAGCACAGUUGCGACAAAAACUAAAACGUGGAAAAGGUAUCGAUGGAAGUCCAACGCCUCAGAGUCCACGGCGCAGAGAGUUCGUGAUGCACAACAAAGCUCCCAUGUGGAAUGAGAGCAGUCAGGUGUAUCAGCUUGACUUUGGUGGGAGAGUGACACAGGAAUCUGCUAAGAAUUUCCAGAUCGAAUUCCGAGGCAAGCAGGUGAUGCAAUUUGGCCGCAUUGAUGGAAAUGCUUACACUCUAGAUUUCCAGCAUCCUUUCUCAGCACUGCAGGCAUUUGCUGUAGCACUUGCUAAUGUUACACAGAGGCUUAAAUGAAUGAGGGAUCAUAUCAACAUAAUUCAUCAGUGGAUUAUUAUAUGCAGAGGCUGUAUCAGCACAACGGUAGCAGUGUAUGAUGUGGGGCUGAAUGUCCACCCAGUUUUUUAAGAAAAAAAACUGCCAGUGUUUGUUUUCAGAUAUUUAAUCAGAGAUAAUAUUUUAAAUAUGGUGCCAGCUUUUUAUUCAGAAGACAGUAACUUUUAACUGCACUUAUUUAUUGAUUAUGCCUUAAAGGCAUCUUAUUCAUUUCUGAAAUGUCACAUGAGAAUCUGGGCCUAUGUAAUAAGUAUAAUUUGAAACUAAACACACUUGCUGUAUCGUCCAAAUAAAUUCAUACAUGCUAGGGAAGCUAGAAAGGCCACUGCUAUAAUACCGGUGUGUUAUCAUUCAGAAACUAGUUGUAAUUUAAUGAUGAAAUUUUAUAUGGAAGUGCUACUAAACUUUUAUUUUUUAUUGGUUAUACAAAUUGUGCAAUGGUAUCAAUUGUAAAUGAGUGUCUUUGACUCCUAACGAAUGUUAUAGUGUUAUCUAGUCAAUUUUACAUUGAAGCUGUUGGUCCAUGAAACUAUAACUGAAUGUGUAUCAUUAAAUAUGUAGAUCUGGUUCGUAGUGAGUGAUAUAAUAUUGUGUAAGAAAGAAUUGCUUUAUAGAUAUCACUGGUGUUACAGAAUGAUUAUCUUUGUUAUGUCUUAUUAUGAUGUGCAGUAAAUCUACUCUGAACGAAAAGUUUCAUUUCCUCACCUUAGAAGUAAAUAUUUCUUUGUAAAAGUCCAUCUAACAUUUUCCCUAUCGUAUUAUGUCACAUAAGUAGUGUGGGUUUUAUAAAAGGGUUCACAUGCUACAAAUGUAUUUAUCACAGGUCUCAAUUGUUGUGUUAGGUUUGUAUUGGAUCUGGUUUUUCCACUAUCUGCCUAGAAUAUAUACUUAUGACUCAGAUCCAGUAAAUAACUUUUUUUUAAAAAAAAGCUGUGGAGGAACUCAGAAAGUAUUCUUUAAACAUUGAUAAACAAGAAGUUCUGUCCAGGCACCUACUUCAGUUCACUUUCUUGCACAGCGAUAAAAAGUAAAACAAUCCUGUAAUUGUAAUUUUAUUAUUUUUAUAAAUGAAUGAGUUAAAAACACAAUAUGGAUAUACAACAAUCACAUACCACAACCUAAAAUUUCUCUCUCCUUUACAAGUGUGUCAAAUGGAUGUUUACAUAACUCAUUCCACAUGAUAUAUCUGGAACUGAUAAAGUUACAAUGUCACCACUUUUCCUGUCUCCUUGUUCUUAUCUUGUUGCUUAACAUGGUUUAAACAUUCCAUCUGUAAUGGUGGUGUAUUCUCCUUCAGUAAAGCUUUGGAUGGACUAUCUGUUGAAAGUGUAAGAUUUAGAUAUUACAGAAACACAAAGGAAAUUAUUAACAACUAAUAGAAGAAAGAAAGAUAAUGCAAUAUCAUCACAAGACCAAAGAAUAAAUGUAGCAU